AUGGAGAACACCAGAGCCUUCAACUUGCUGGCUAUUGUGCUGGGCUUGAGACCUUUUGGUCGCAGCUCUUUGAGUGGCAAUUCCAGGAAAGCACGCACAACCAGCGUCCUGCAACUCCUGCCAUCCUUAGUCAUACUAUUCGUCUAUGCUCUAUGCUUGGUCAGCAUGUUCCGGGAUCGGGAUCAAUCCGCCAGCAUAUCCGUGGCUGCCAAUUGGCUGCAAUCCGGUCCCAAUGCUUUUGCCUUCAUCAUGGUCAUUGCGUUCGCCCUGAAGAAUCGCGACUUGGGACAGGAAAUUCUGGACUCCUUCGCGAUGUGCGAUGAGAAGCUCAAGGACUUCUUCGGCGUGAACUACACCAAGGUGAACAGAGUGUCCGGCAGGAUGUCCAUCCUCUUCAUUGUCGUGAGCAUCUCGUGUGGCUUAACCGUCGCCACGCUGACUUACUACAACACCGUCGAUCUCAGCAACUCCUGGACACUCUUCUACUGGGCAUCCUUCUGUCUGCCCAAGUUCGCUCUCAUGGUCUUCAACUUUCAAUUCGUUGGCGCAAUGUCCUUCCUCAGCAGCAGAACUCAACUCCUCAGAAUGUCCAUCAGGGCGAAUUUGUCUGGGGAGUUGGACGCCCUCAUGGCUCAAAUGUCGCUCCUCGGGAAGCAUGGGAACUCCAUGAAAGUCCGCCCCGUGGCCUCUGUGAACCCAUCAACAACUCCCCUCGUUGCCGACAUCGUGGGAAUCCUGCAGAACCUGAACGAGAGGCUGAACGUCUUCUUCGGGAAGCAGAUCAUCAUAACAUUCCUCUCAGGAUUCGUUUGUGUCAUUGUGCAGAUGCACUACAUCAUCACCCACAUUCGCCAGAAUUUUGCCAAUCCCAGUGCCGACAUCCUGGUCAGCUUCAGCUUCUCUCUCGUCGCCCUGCACGCCAUUGAGUUCUGGGCAAUUCUGUCCAGUGGCGAAAUGGUGAAGCUCAAGUGGACAGAAGCCGUGGUGUCCUUAACUCAGGCCAGAGCCAACUCCUCAGACGACCAACUCAGGUCCAAGAUCAAGGACAUUCUGGACAUCAUGAAGGUGAAGAAGCUGGAAUUGCACGCUUACAAUUUCUUCACCAUCGACUUGUCCGUUAUAACUGCUAUGGUCUCCUCAAUGACCACGUACUUGAUCGUCCUCGUGCAGUUCAGAAUCAGCGAGGAUCAAGCCACAGGAGGCACCGGAGGCUUGAACACCAAGCAAUUCUCCGUGGAAACGGAGUAA